AUGAGUUAUAGUAAUUGGAAAUUAAAUUCUUUGAAGGAUGAAUUAAAGCGUCGAGGAGCAAUUAUGCGGGGAAAAAAGGCUGAACUAAUAGAGAGAUUGGAGGCUUACGAUCGAAACUUUAAUUUCGGAUUUGUGGCAGUAGACAAUGAAAAUAGUGCACCAAAAAUGUGUUUACCACCUCCAGAAACUUUUAAAGAUGUGCACUGUGGAAUUAAGUUGAACAUUGACAUUUCUAAGACUCGAGUAGAAACUUACUUGCAGUCUUUUGAUCAAAAUAUAACUGAGAAAUCCGCGCAGUUGUUCCAGAGCAAGUUUGUGCAAUAUUUAAAAUUUAGUUCUACAGGUAGUGGUGUGUUUUUUAACAGUUCGGUGAAAGCUGCUAUGAAAAAAAUUCUUUAUCAUGUGGAUAUCUUUAUCACUACUGAUAAUAGUAUUGAACAAUGUCAGUGUGAAUGUGCUGCAGGAGAAGGUACACAAGCACAUUGCAAGCAUAUAACUGCAGUACUAUUAACAGUAGCAAUGUUUUGUGAACGAAAAGUGUUAUGGAUUGAAGAAGCAUGCACAACACAGUUGCAAACUUUUCACCAACCCAAAACUAAAUUUAAUCGUUCUCCAAUUAAAGCCACUGAACUACCAGUCCUAGGGAACUCGAAUAAUAAUUUUGACCCCCGCCCUCAACAUAAUAGUAUACGUCAAUUUGCCCUAACUACACCCUCGUCGACACGACAUGAAAUUAUAAAUAAAGUAAGCAUAGAAGAAGAGAAAACUGUAAUAGAAUGCAUCGGAUUAACCAAAAAUAAGGGUGAUAAUGAUCAAUUUAAAAAUAUUGAAGAAAUUACAAAAGAAAAAGAAUAUGAAGAAAAGAAACUAGUAAAAAAAAGUUGGAAGAUAAGAAAGAACAAAAGAAUAGGAAACAUUCCUCGCCAUCAGCAUCAAACUACAAUACGAGAAACAAAGUCCAAACCAAAUAAUAAAGUGAAAAAAAAAAAUAAGUGUAAAAAUCGAUGA